CGCCCCUCCUCUUUCUGUAAAGUGAAUAGCUGAACACGCGCACGCACGCAUUCACUCACUCACACCAGCUGCAAAUAACGGUACUGGUCUCAUUCAUCAAGUUACUGUACUGGACCUGGAUCAACUCCCUCGCUUUCUUUUUCUGCAACCGAUAUGUGAGGCCAGUAAUCUCUCACUGAAAGAGGAAAACAUGUCUGGAAAAAGCUGAUAGCAGAAUUGGAGUUCCGUAGGAAUAAACACCAUGGCAGCCCAUCGCAUUCGAGCAGCCAAUCACACUGUGCUCCCUCGUUGCAAAUCAGAGGGGACUCUUAUCGAUCUGACAGAGGGGGUGUCAGAGGCCACUCUCACAGUGCCCACUCCUAGUGCCUUACGACUGGAUGGCACUGCCGCAUUUGGCUCUGUCAGGGAAGUCAUUGCCAUUAAGGAUUACUGUCCGUCCAGCUUCACCACUCUGAAGUUCUCAAAGGGAGACUGUCUUUACGUUAUAGACACAUCUGGUGGAGAAUGGUGGUAUGCACACAACAGUAAAGAGAUGGGCUACAUCCCAGCUGCAUACGUCCAACCAAUCAACUUUCGAGAUUCCUCAUUCAGUGAUAGUGGAAUGAUUGACAGCUUGGGAGAUAUUUCCGAGGAGGUGAAAGAAAUAAACCCCUCUAGGGAGUGGACAGGGCUCUCGACAACAGAAUCUCGUAACGGAAAUCCGUUUGUUAACAAACGUGCAUCAACUAACCCUUUUCUAAAUGACACAGCUGACCAGAACAGUAACCAGAAUUCAGCAAAUCCUUUGAGUUUUAAUAUUAUCUCAAACAACAGCAGCACUAUGAACGUUAAUGGAUUCGGAAGCGGGCUUUUUGACACAAACAUUUUCUGCCCUGGCUCAGGAAUUGGCCCAAAUCUUCGCCGAGACGAUUCAUUUUUAAAGAGCAAGCGUUGCUUUAGCAUGUCAGAACUAUCCAUCCUCCAGUCCCAGUCUGAUGCAUCUCAAGCGUCUUUGAGUUUCUUCGGUGGAAUGAAAUCUCCAAAACCUGAGCAUUAUCAAAGCAGAGAGGAUUUCAAAACGGCAUGGUUAAACCACCGUAAACUGACACGAUCUUGCCAUGAUCUGGAUUCCAUUGGACAGAGCCCAGGCUGGGGACAGACCCAGCCUAUAGAGACCAACAUUGUAUGUAAACUGGACAGUUCUGGUGGUGCCAUACAGCUACCGAACACCAGCAUUAGCAUACAUGUUCCUGAGGGCCAUGUUGCGUCAGGCGAUACUCAAGAGAUAUCUCUGAAGGCCUUGCUGGACCCACCCUUAGAGCUGAAUAAUGAUAAAUGUACUACUGUAAGUCCAGUGGUGGAAGUAAAACUAAGUAACAUGGAAACCAAGACUCCUGUCACUUUGGAGAUGAAGGUGUCCGUUGUGGUGAAGAUUGAGAGCCGUAAAUUGGCAGAGGUGGUGUGCGUGAGAAGCGACUGCAAGGAAGGGCCUUACAUCCCGAUUCCACAUGCAUACAUGUAUGGAGAUACAGUCCAAGUAACUCUGGACAAUUUGGAGCCUUGCAUGUAUGUUUCUGUGGUUGCCCAAGCUCAAGUGCUGGCUCCAUACAACACAGUGUGGGAACACGUUGUAAAAAAGGUCACUAUUGGGGUAUAUGGGCCAAAACACAUCCACCCGUCCUUUAAGACGGUGGUCGCCAUUUUUGGCCACGACUGCGCCCCGAAGACACUGCUAGUGAGUGACGUAAAAAAGCACUCACAGUCCACUCCACCUGUCCUCCUCCAGCUCUGGGGAAAGCACCAGUUUGUCCUCGCAAAAUCUCAAGAUCUUCAGGUUGGCGUUUAUUCCAACAUGUCCAACUUCGAAGUGAAAAGCACUGAACAGGCAAAAGGUGUGAGGGGCUUUCAGAUAAAACUUGGCAAAGUGGCCCGUCUUGUCUACAUGAUCGGUGCCCGUGAUUCUGGUGAAAUUUCAGACUUUACUUUGCGAAUUCAGGUCAAGGAUGAUAAGGAUUGUAUCCUUGGCCAGUUUUGUGUUCAGACCCCACCCCCUCCACCAAAGUCAACAUCAGGGAGCUCUGUACAAAGGCGUUUCCUGAAGAAAAAGGAAGUGAGCAAAAUUGUAUUGUCUCCUCUUGCGGCGACCGCCAAGUACCCUGUGUUUCAGGACAGGCUUGUCAAAAACCUGAAAUUUGCGAAGUUGCUGAAAACUGUUAUAAGACAAUCUAAAAGCCAGUAUUUGCUAGAGUAUCUUAAAGGAGAUGUGGUAGUACUUUUGAGUGAGGAAAGAAUAAAACUUAAAGGACAUUUAUGGACCAAGGAUUGGUACUUCGGCUACUAUCACGGAAGAAUCGGUUUGGUGCAUGCAAAAAACAUUCUUACCAUGGGAAAAGUGAAACCUGUACAGUACAAAGAGCCUGAACUUACGACUGCAGUCCUUUUAGAGCAGAUCGUGAAGCCCUGCAUGUGUCUGACUUACAUCUAUGCUUCAGUGCGGACCAUGCUGAUGGAAAAUGUAGCGAGUUGGAGAGCGUUUGCUGAUGCCCUGGGCUACGUCAAUUUGCCUCUGACACAUUUCUGCCGAACAGAGCCAGACAGCGAACCUGAGAAAGUUGCUUGUGUUCUUGAGAAGCUCAAGGAAGACUGCAAUGCAGCUGAGGGCAAGGAAAGGAAGUCUUUCCAGAAAGAACUCAUGAAGGCACUUCUGAAGAUGGACUGUCAGGGCCUGGUGGCACGACUGAUCAUGGACUUUGUGCUGUUGACCACAGCUGUGGAGGUGGCAGGUCGCUGGAGGGAGCUUGCUGAGAGACUGGCUAAAGUGUCCCGUCAGCAGAUGGAAGCGUAUGAAGCUCCGCAUAGAGACACCGGAGGACAACUGGAAAGUGAGGCCAUGUGGAAACCUGCCUAUGACUUCCUGGUCACAUGGGCGGCUCAGAUUGGAGACAGCUAUAGAGAUGUGAUUCAAGAACUUCACACAGGCUUGGACAAAAUGAAGAACCCCAUCACCAAGCGGUGGAGACACAUCACUGGUGCCCUCAUUUUUGUCAACUGUCUGGAUCUUUUGCGGAGCUCCGCCUUUAGCACCUCCCCUCAAGAUGACUGUGCCAUAUAAGGAAAUCCUUUACCACCUGACUUUUAAAAGACCCAGAUAUAAUAUCUAUCAUUAUUCAAAUUGUAUAUUAUGUUUUUUACAAAAGGUUUUUAGCUUUUGGUGUUGCACAACAAUUUGUACAUCAAAUAUAACUUACAGAAGCUGAGUUUAAAUCUUUGAGGUUUUAAUACAAGAAACAAGGGACUUAUACAACUUUAAUGUGAAAAAGACUAAAUCUCUUGUUAAGCCUUUCAUUGUUCAUUGCAGAAUGAUUUAUUUGUAAAUUCUGUACAAAAUAUAUACUUGUAUAUGUUUUAAUACACAAUAUAGUCUUAUUCAUUUGUUUGUUUUAUGAUGCCUACACUGAAUACUAAAAUGGCUCUUUUGCCUUUUUCACUUUCUAUGAAGUGUUAUGGACUAUUGUUGAUACAGUUCAACUAAUGCUGUGAUGUAUUGCUUGUAUAAGGGAAAGUACAGCUAGAAUGGUAAGGGGGAACUAAAUAAGAUAAUACAAGUUAAACUUACACCAAUGCACCAGUAAAAUUAGGAAAAAAUGUCACUAGAAACAAAAUGUAAAACAACACAAAAUAUACAAUGAAAUAUCUGACCUGAGGGUCUGGAUGUUUCAUUGUGAUGAAUUUUCAGAUUUUGGAACAACCUGCAAAGUUACUCAUUUUGUGCUAGUAUUCUAAGGAAAAGCGGUCUACAUAUUUGGAUGUACAAAAUAUUUUUAUUUCAUUAAUAGAAAAUAAAUGAUGAAUGAAAUGUAUGGCAUUCUUUUGAAAACUUUUGCACCAGUGCCUAAAACUUAGUAGGCUAUAGGUAGUAUAAGUAGUAAAGGUUGUUUCAAGCAUCAUAGAGAUACGGUUCUAAGGUUUAUCUCAGAUCUCUUUGUAUAGCUCUAUUGGAGGACUAUGAAAUCUCACGUGAUUAUUACCAUUAAUGGCAUAGAAUCUCUAUUGAUGUUUUCUACUGACACACUAAGUUAGAAUAUAAAACUAGUUUUUUUUCUUUCUUUUUUUAAAUAAAGCAUGUAAUGUGCCUAAAAAUUUUGCACAGUACUGACUGUUUACAAUACACAAUCCUGUAGACAUUCUGUAUUAACAUAUGAGAAUGUACAUUAUUUUAAUAGCAUGCACUUUGUUCUAUCACCAUGUGUAUUCAUUCUGCCACAGAUAUGUUCAUGUGUGUUUCUUUUGUGAUAUAAAGAAUAAAAGAGUUUCUAAAAACAUAACAUGCUAUUAUGUAAA